AGGAUUACCUUCUGGCGCUGUGACGUAUCAUUUUCCCAAAAUGGCGAUGCACCUGUUCCCCGGGCGGUUAUCCCCGCUGUUACCUCAACUUUAGGAAACCUUCCAUCUGGAGCUCGCUGUUCGUGAUUUACCGACAACAAAUCUGCGUGAAUUCCAAAAAUGUCCACGGAGGAGCUGUCAGCGUCUGACAGCGAGGCCGUUUUCGCCAACGCAGGGGAGCGAUGGGCACCGGUGGGAGCCGUGGCCAGCCCCGAGGUUGAGAGCGGGGGCAGCGGCCAGCCGAAGCAGGGAGUCUCGGCUGGCGAGGGGGAGAUGGCCGCGCGGCUGAGGAAGCUGGAGGGCGAGCAGGAGCAGCUGAACUCGUCCCUGCUCGCGCUCACCUCUCACUUCGCGCAGGUUCAGUUCCGACUGAAGCAGAUCGUUCACGCGCAGAGCGAGGAGAAGGAGAGGAUGCUGGCCGAGCUGGAGGAGUUCGCCUUCAGAGGCUGCCCGCACGUCGUGGGCUGCAAGUCGGAUGCAGAGCAGCUGGAGAACUCGACUGAGCGGGAGAAGCGGGAGCGUCUGGAGGCCCAGAGGGAAAAACAGAAGGAUCUCAUUUUCCAGCUGAAGACGCAGCUGGAUGAUCUGGAACGCUUCGCCUAUCAGGAAGGCAGCUACGACUCGCUGCCGCAGUCUGUGGUCAUGGAGAGGCAGAAGGUAAUAAUCGAUGAGCUGAUCAAGAAGCUGGAUGUCAAUCUGAACGAGGACAUCGGGAACCUGUCGCCGGAGGAGCUGAGGCAGAGGGUGGACGCUGCCAUCGCUCAGAUUGUAAACCCGGCCAGAGUCAAGGAGCAGCUGGUGGAGCAGCUCAAAACCCAGAUCAGAGACCUGGAGAUGUUCAUCAACUUCAUCCAGGAUGAGGUGGGGAACCCUCUCCUGUCAGAUGGUGGACAGAGGCAGCAGCCGCAACCCACAAAUGGAAGAGCUCCUGGAGGGAAAAAGAAAGUGGACCCGGAGCAGGCGGAGAGGAUGCGGGAGAGCGGCCUGCAGCUCAUCCAGAGGGCGCUCGCCGUGCUGCAGAUCUUCGCUGCCAGUCAGUUCGGCUGUGCAAGCGGCCGCGUCCCGCAGAGCAUGUGGAAUCAGGACUCGGGGGAGCGGGACUAUGGCCCCCUGCUGCAGCGCCUGGAGGCCGCCACAGAGAAGGUGCGGGUGUUGGGCUCCCGCAGGCAUCCGUCUGUGGAGCACGUGGUCAGCUACACCAGCAGCACCUCCUCGCUGGGAGGGCGAGACGAGCUGACGUCUGCCGUCAGGAAGGAGCUGGCCAUCGCGCUGAAGGACCUGCUGGCCCACGGCCUCUUCUCGCCCUCUCAGGCGGUGAGCCUGGUGCUGGCGCCCAUCUCCUGCCUCCUGCCUUACACACCCACCUCACACAGCAUUCACCCAUGGGAGCUCUUUGUGAAGUACUACCACUCCAAGAACGGCAAAGCCUUCGUGGAGUCACCCGCCCGCCAGCUUUCGCAGUCCUUCAGCCUGCAGGUGGGCGCCGGCCCCGUGACCGUCACCCCAAAGCAGUCCCUGCUGUGGGCCAUCCACACCGUGCUGAAGGAACACGGGCGCUACAAGCGAGGGCCGGACUCCGAGUUCAAAGCUCUGGUGUGCAUGGCUUUGAACGAGCAGCGCUUGGUGUCGUGGCUGAACCUGAUCUGCAAGGCCGGGACGCUGAUACCCCCUCACUACCAGCCCUGGAGCUACAUGGCGCAGACCGGCUUCGAAGGCGCCCUGCGCAUCCUGGGCCGCAUCAGCCACCUGAGGUUCAACCUGCCAGUGGACCUGGCUGUCCGCCAGCUCAAGAACAUCAAGGAUGCAUUCUGAGCGAGCUCCCAGCAUUUUAUUAGCAUUUGGGACCGAAAGCAUGACUGUGCUGCAAGUUGGUAACUCUUUAAAGUUCCACCGGCGUCCAAACAUCUUAAGUCAAGUGCAAAUAUGUGAUGUCAGAAGUAUUCGUAUUGAUUUGGUGUGAGCCGCAUAUUCUGUUCUAUCAAGGAUGCCGAAACGUGAAGACGACGGAGCAACUCACUUUGCAAACAUGCCUUAGAGUAAGAUUACCUCACCUCUAGCAAAGCCUUCCUGAUCCCUGUGCCCUGUGCUCAGCAUGCAGUGUGACCGUCUGCUGUACCUGACAAGUGACCUAUGCAGAACAUGUAGAAGUAGGGCUGGAGCGGCCGCCAUCGCCAUUCGCUCUGUGCUGGACAAUCCCGGAGAGGAAUGAAAGAGCAGACUUGCUGUUUGUGGAAAUCUGCUCUGGCGGCCAUUGAAGACGGGAAAACAGAUCAGCUUGAAAAGUAUUUACAGUUUCUGUCGGAAAUGUGAAACGUUUCAGGAGUGUUGUGGAAGUUCUAGCACAGAGCCAAUAGACUCCGUCUCAAAGCCCUUUGUCGACAUUUCAACCCUGUUUUUGCUGCUGCUGCUGCUGUCCUCCUCACCCUGCGGGAGAAUCCAGCAUUUGAACAUAUCUGAUAUUAAAUUUGAUUGGGAGAUGUAAAGGUUUCAUUCCAGAUCAUUUUUCCACCCUCCAGGAACCGCAGAGCGGCACUGAUAUGUCCUCAAUAACUGAAUGUAUAAUCCAUUGAUGCUAUUAAACUAACAAGAGUUCAGAGUUUUUGAACUAAAUUCAGUUUUUUUAUGUUUCAAAUACAUUCAAUGCUGAUUUAAAUCACCUUUACCACUAUUUCUGUAUGUUGUUCUGCUGUUUUAACAGUUCUGUCGUAGAGAAUAAGUUCAAAUCAAAUGUAAAAGUCACUGAAAAAUGAUCAGAUAUUAAAAUUCAUUGUUUUAUUUAUUGCUUCAUUCAUAGUAAAUAUAUUUGGAGACCUAUUUGUUUUGGAUUUUAUUGUAUUUAUUAUGUACAUGGUAAAGAAAUAAAUCAAUGUAGCAACCAAAAA